GGGUAAUAAGAAGUACAGCGUCGGCAAUUCCACACCAGACAAAUUAUCUACAGAGCACUAGAGAGAGAAAGAAGAGAGAGAAAUGGGCGAUUUGUACGCGUUGGACUUCGAUGGAAUUCUCUGCGAUAGCUGUGGAGAGAGCUCUCUCUCCGCCGUCAAGGCUGCUAAGGUGAGAUGGCCUAGUCUAUUUGAAGGUGUGGAUUCAUCAAUGGAGGAUUGGAUUGUUCACCAAAUGCACACUGUGCGACCUGUGGUAGAAACUGGAUAUGAAAACCUAUUGCUCGUAAGGUUGCUGUUGGAGAUAAGAGUUCCUUCUAUUCGCAAAUCGUCGGUGUGUACUCAGUCACUGGCUGCAGAGGGACUCACAGUUGAGGGAAUAUUGGAGAACUGGUCAAAGAUAAAACCAGUUAUUCUGGAAGCAUGGGAUGAGAAUAGGGAUGCUUUAAUAGAACUUUUUGGAAGGGUGAGGGAUGAUUGGAUGGACAACGACUUAGCUACUUGGAUUGGUGCAAAUAGAUUUUAUCCAGGCGUUCCUGAUGCUCUCAAAUUUGCAAGCUCAAAAAUAUAUAUUGUCACCACAAAACAGGGCCGCUUUGCUGAUGCAUUGCUACGAGAGCUUGCAGGAGUAACUAUACCACCUGAAAGAAUAUAUGGUCUGGGAACUGGUCCCAAAGUAGAAGUCCUGAAGCAGCUUCAGAAGAAACCAGAACACCAGGGCCUGACACUACACUUUGUGGAAGAUCGGCUUGCCACUCUGAAGAAUGUCAUUAAAGAGCCUGAAUUAGAUGCGUGGAAUUUGUAUUUAGGGGACUGGGGGUAUAACACUCAGAAAGAGAGAGCGGAAGCAGCCAGCAUUUCCAGAAUCCACCUUCUUGAGCUCUCUGACUUUAGUAAGAAAUUGAAAUGACUAUCCCCUUUACCAUUUUGUUUCCAAUUGAUAUUCUAAUUAUACUUAUUAUAAAGUCAGACAUUAAUGAUGUUCACGAUGAAUUAUUGUGGAGUUUCAAUUUCAUUUAUGGAACCCAAAUUUUCUUAUC